AUGCCGAUAAGCAGCCUCUUACGCACUCCUAAGUAUAAAUAUACAUAUUUAUCUUUAUUAAAUUCCGUACUUAUGGCCUACAACCAAAUGGAAAAGAUCUGGACAUCUGGACACAGUAUCAUCGUCAGGCUGCGAGGCCUUGUUAAAAUGAAGAUAUUAUUUCUGGUAACCUUUGUCAUGGCGGUUCUGGUCAUUUAUUCAGAACAGAGCGAGCCGAUUUGCACAUGUACAUGCAGAGACCCAAAUGAAGUUUACUCGGAAUGUGGAUCAGCUUGUCCUCCAAUCUGCAAUGUACCGCCUAUGCCGUGCAUUCAGAUUUGCGUAAAAGGAUGCUUCUGUGCAGCAGGAUACGUGCGGGAAUCGAACGCAUCUAACAGCAAAUGCAUCCCGAAGUCGCAAUGCCGUUAUUCUUGAUUACAGUUAUAAUAUACGAUUACAGGUUAUUUUGUUAUAACCAGAAAUUAUUUAUGGGACAUUUACUUUAAUAAAAGAUAUCCAAUUGUA